AGCUCCGCUUUCGCGCCGUACCAGGCCGAGUUUUCUCUCGCGCUCUAGGACGGGGAGGAGCCCUGGCCCAGUAGGAAGCAAGCGGGGGGGCGUGCCCGCGUGCUCGGCCCGGAUUGGCCGCUGGGAGCAGCGCGGGAUUUGGCGGGAGCUUCGGGAGCUGCGCCGGCGCAGUGAGCGGUGGGCUGAGAUGGCCCCGCCGAGGCAAGUUCGGGGCACGGGUACGAGAUAUUCAAAGAACACUAUAGGAAGAACACAUUCCACGAAAGAUGAAGCUGGCCAAAAGCACAAGCCUACCGAUGUAUUUGAUUUUCCUAAUAAUUCUGGGAUCUCAAGCAUCAGCAGGCUGGGUGAAAAUGAGAAAGACGAAGAACCCUAUGAAACCUUUGACCCUCCUUUACACAGCACUGCUAUAUACGCUGAUGAGGAAGACUUCUCCAAGCACUGUGGGUCAUCUCUCCCCUCAAGUCCUCAAGGAAAAGGAGCAAAAAGAAGUUCGGACACUUCUGACGUUGAAGCCAGUGAAAAUGAGUCUGUAAAAAUUAGUGCCAAAAAGCCAGGAAGAAAACUCAAGCCCAUUAGUGAUGAAUCUGAAAGCACUGAAGAAAGUGAUGUAAGAAGAAAAGUUAAACCAGCAGAGAACAUAAGUACACAACGUGAAGCUGUUUCAGCGACAGCAUCUUCAGAACCUUCAGAGAAGCCAGCUGAAUCGGUCACGCUUAAAAAGGUGGGACCCCUUGGUGCCAAGCCCUCUGUUGAAAAAGAGACCCUGGAAACAGAAAGUCAACUGAAAACUCAGAAAAAGAAGAUGUUUCGUGGCAAAAGGAAGAAACCAAGAAGUGAAGCCACAGACUUGGAUACUUCCGACUGUGUACCUAUCUGGUGUUUAAAAGAAAAGAAAACCAGUGACAUCAUGGAGUUAGAUGUCGUUUUGUCUGCAUUUGAGAACAUCCUCCUAGAGUAUAAACAAAAAACAGAGUCUAGAAUUUGUAAGGAAGCCAUCAACAAAUUUCGUUCUAAUUUGAAAGAAGAACUCAUCAAAAUGCUUAAAGAAGUCCAGAUGUUGAAAACGCUGAAAAGGAAGAACACUAAGAUGAUCUCAGAUAUCGAAAAGAAAAGGCAACGUUUGAUUGAAGUCCAGGAUGAACUGCUUCGGUUAGAACCAGAGCUGAAACAACUACAAAUAAAGUAUGAUGAACUAAAGGAGAGAAAAGCUUCCCUUAGGAAUGCAGCGUAUUUCUUGUCUAAUUUAAAACAGCUUCAUCAAGAUUAUUCAGAUAUUCAAGAGAAAGAACCAAAUGUAAAGGAAACGUAUGAUUCAUCCAGCCUUCCAGCUCUGCUAUUCAAAGCAAGACCGCUUUUGGGAGCUGAAAACCAUCUGCAAAAUAUCAACUAUCAAUUAGAGAAGCUCCUUGACCAGAAAUGAGACCAGUCUACUAAAGUGUGCACAUACAAAGAUUAG